AUGGAGCUGGGAACCAAUUUGUUUCAAUUUAACAUCCCUAACCCUGAUGACAAAGUUAGAAUUGCUGAAGGUGGCCCUUGGAUGAUAGAUAAUCAAAUGUUAGUGUUGAACAGGUGGUCAGCAGGAAUAGAAGAAAAUUAUAAAGCUUUUUUGAACACACCUUUAUGGGUGCAAGUCUGGACUCUGUCAGUACACUGGCUAUCUAAAGAGGUAGGAAGAAAGAUUGGGGCAGUGUUCAAAGAAGUUAAAGAGAUGGUUAUCCCUCAGUCAGGGGGCAAAGAAGGUAGACAUUUGAAAAUUCUAGCCUUAACAAACUUGUCCAAGCCUCUGCUAAGAGGAACAAUGGUAAAAUUAGCAGGAUUUAUGAAGUGGGUGGCAUUUAAGUAUGAAAGAUGCCCAGAUUUUUACUACAACUGUGGGAUAGUAGGGUACAGUGAAAGAUCCUGCAAAGAGAAGAGAACCAUAAAUGGAGAAAUGGUAGAGCAGGAGAGAAUCGAGACUCAAAUAAAUGAAAGAUUGUUGGAAACUCUUAAGACCACUGAUAAGGAAGGAAAAAACAACCAGGACCCGAUGAAGGAAAUGGAGGAUAUGAGGAUUAAACAAGGUUUGGGAGAGCCACCAAUUGAACUGGGAGAUAAGGAAUCUGCACAAGGAUGCAGUAAGGGUUCCUUGUGCCUAGAUAAGGGGAAGCUAGAUCUCUCUCUAGUGAUACAGGCUGAGGAAGUGAAACAAAUCCCAACUGAGAUUGAAGAAAUGGAGGAGGACAGAGGUUUAGACUUGCAAGAGGAGGAUCAAGAAAAUAGAGUGAGAGUGAUUACUGUAGGGGAGUUAGUGAUCCAAUAA